AUGUCGGAUCCGCAGCAGUAUACCGUAGGCUGGAUCUGCGCGAUAACGACAGAAUAUACCGCAGCACGCCAAUUCCUCGACGAAGCACACGGGAGCCCGGAUCACGUUUCGGCCAACGACAGUAACGACUACACACUUGGCAAGAUGGCCGGUCACAAUGUUGUUAUCGCUGUGCUACCAGAUAGCGAGUAUGGGGUGAGCAGCGCUACAGCCGUUGCCAAAGACAUGCUCCACAGCUUUCCCAAUGUCCGAGUCGGCCUGAUGGUAGGCAUUGGGGGCGGUGCGCCAACAGCGAAGAAUGACAUUCGACUCGGAGACGUUGUUGUCAGCAGCCGGAAAGGCAGUGCUCCUUGUGUGUACCAGUACAACUACGGCAAGGCCAUCCAAGGACGAAGCUUCGAGCCGACCGGAUUCCUUAAUCAGCCCCCGGUAGUCGUGCGCACUGCAGUCAAUGGUCUAAGAAGCAAAUACGAGGACGACGGCCACCAGCUUGAAGCAAAUAUAACGGAGAUACUGGGCAGGAAAUCUAGGCUACGUCAGAAGUACAGUCGGCCAAGCCCGGAGAGCGAUCGACUUUAUACGUCUGAUGUCAUUCAUCCGGAAGACGACAAACGAAGUUGCAAGGAAGUGUGUGGAGGUCAGACUGCCGAUUUGGUCCAGCGUCGGAAAAGGAGAGAGGAUGAGGAUAAUCCCACCAUUCACUAUGGUGUCAUUGCAUCUGCCGACCAGCUGAUGAAAGACGCCAUAACAAGGGACGCCAUAGCGAAGGAGAAGGACGUAUUAUGUUUCGAAAUGGAAGCAGCUGGGUUGAUGAACCACUUUCCGUGUCUGGUAGUUCGAGGCAUUUGCGACUACUCAGACUCGCACAAGAACAAAGAGUGGCAAGGCUAUGCAGCAAUGACAGCGGCAGCCUACGCAAAGGACAUCCUUACGAGGAUGAUCCCGGGUAGGGUCGAGCAGGAAGAGAGGCUCGAAAAGGUACUAGCUAAAAGUGUGACGGAGCUGAUUGAAGAAACGAAGUCCUCGACAGACGUACUCAAAGAGCACGCGCACUCGACGAACCAACACUUAGCGAACGAAGCAUUGAGAUAUCAAAACGAAGCACAUCGGAAGUGUCACCAAGUCUUCAAGACUAGCACGUACGAGCAUUUCAAGAAUAUCAAUCCCGAUCGUGUCAAGGAGACCUGCCAGUGGGUGUUGAAUCAUCCGCAGUAUCAGCGCUGGAACGAAAGUGCCACCGAUGACCUGCUGUGGAUCUCGGCAGAUCCUGGCUGCGGUAAGUCAGUCCUCUCGAAAUCGCUGGUGGAUGAAAGAUUGAUGAGCGAUACGGCUGGCAGCACUAUCUGCUACUUCUUUUUUAAGGACAACGACGAACAGAACAGUCUCGCAAUUUGCCUUUGUGCGUUGUUGCACCAACUUUUUAAGCAUCAGCCACACCUUCUACAGCAUGCCACUGCGGCCUGGCACAGUGAUGGAAGCAAGCUGCAGCAAGAGACUGAUAAGUUAUGGCGCAUCUUACUUGCAGCGACGUCAGACGGGGCUGCGCACAACACCAUAUGUGUACUCGAUGCUCUCGACGAAUGCAAAGAUGGGGACCGGAGCAAUCUGAUCGAUAAGCUUGCUCAAUUUCACGAGACCGCCGCCGCUUCUCAGCAUCCCCAUCAAUCAUCGCUCAAGUUCAUCGUUACGAGUCGCCCCUAUGACGACAUCCAGAGAGGGUUCCAGCACAUGCCCCCAUCUCUACCUGCCAUACGGCUGCGAGGUGAGGAGGAGAACGACCAAAUUCGUGCAGAGAUCAACCGUGUCAUCGACCAAAGGGUGCUACAACUAGCAAAUGAGCUGGGUCUUCGCAAGAGCACAUCUUCACGUCUAGAACAGACUCUGUUGGCAAUGGAGCACCGUACGUACCUGUGGCUCCAUUUGGCAAUCGACGAUAUCCGUACGACUCUACAAAACAGCCUCAGGCCAGACGAGGAGCCCAUCGACUCAGUUCCGUCUUCAGUAGAGGGCGCCUACGAAAAGAUUCUAAACAGAAUCCCAGAAGCACGCCGUCAGAAAGUGAAGCUUAUCUUGCGGAUCAUUGUAGGAGCUCGACGUCCACUUGCAGUAGGCGAGAUGGCUCUCGCUCUCGGCCUUGCAACAUCCGAGCAACAUGAAACAUCUGCGGAUGUUCAGAUUAAUGCAGUCCAUCUCGAGAAUCAGUUAAGACACUGGUGCGGUCUCUUCGUGUUUUUCAAUCACUCGAGAGUAUACCUGAUUCACCAGACAGCGCGGGAGUUUCUCGUCGCUCAGGAGUGUACGCCGAUGCUAGGAAGCUUACAGAAUAGCUUGUGGAUGCACAGUCUCGAGCAUAUGGAGAUAGAAAAGACGAUGGCAGAGAUCUGUAUCAGAUGCCUCAACCUAGAAGAUCUGAGUCAAUCUCUAGAUGAUUAUGUUCCGAACGAAAGCGACCAGGAAGAAUUUGCAGAAUAUUGUUCCGAGUGGUGGACGACUCAUCACAGAUUUUCCGAGAGCAUUACCGAGAAAGACACGUUUCGAGAUGCACUGGAGCUCUAUGACACAGGAGGAAAAAGUUACCACACCUGGACCCGUUCGAAGACCAAUAAAUUUCGUGGGUUUAGAUUUAUGACGAGGAUGGGACUUGCUGCGUACAACGGCCAUGAUCGAAUUCUAGAACACAUUCUCAGUGUAGAAAGCGCCGACGUAGAAGAAGCAGAUUCCUGUGGCCGGACGGCUUUGUUCGCAGCAUCAAGGGGAGGUCACAGCAAUACUUUGCAGAUGCUGCUCGACGCAGGUGCAGAUUGGGAUGCCCAGAGUGACUACGGCACUCCGCUGCAGGCAGCU